AUGCCUCUGCAAUUCAAGAAAUGCGUGUUGCAAUCGCCUGGAGACUUGGUCGUUGGGAUACCCAAGAUACAUCAGUCGUCUUUCAUUCGUCUCACUCCAUGGGAUUCGUGCCUGAAACUGGCCACAUCAAUCUUCCCUAUGGAGAUUGGUCUCAAUGUGGCCUCGAGACAGUGUUCUACUGGCUAUGCCACGCUGCAAAUCACGCCGACUGGGCCCAUUAACCGAUACUUGUGUUGCACCACUGGUCGAACACUGGUCGAACCAGCACUGCUCAGUCACAAAUCUCUGAUCGGUUGUCACCAAUUCGCCUUUAUCACGAUGUUGAAACGUAUGAGCACAAAGAUUGCCCAACUGCUCCAAUCCAACAGACAUCCCGUUGUCGAACCACUGACAUUCGUCAGUGUGGUACUUCCGGUUUUGCACCAACUAGUGGAUUGCACGAGCUAUUUGCCGAACGGAUUUAACAGAUUCUGUGAAAAUGAAUCAGCACCAGGCUCGAGUUUUCACAUGCUGAGCCGGUCAAUGGAACCGUUUGUCACGGCAACUCUUCAUCUGAUUCGUUCCUUGUUAUCAACUACCGAUCCCCGUGUGGGGGAUAGUAUCGGUGAAACUGAUGAUGAGAAAACAUUUAUGGAACGUGUGCGUCUCGCCGGACUGGUUCGAUUAAUUCACCUUCAAGCUGCCCAUUACGCUCUAGACCUCGGAUCCGUGCAACAGGCAGAAGAUUGGAUAACGGAUGCAUCAUGCAUGCCCGGACCAGAGACUUCCUCUAACGUAUCAAGCGUACCUGUUGUAGCCGAGUGCUGGUACCAACUUAGAACAUCCGAAUUGUCUGCAAUCGUUGAACGUGCUCGUGGUGAAAAUCGUUUGGCCACCUCUCAUUUACAGAUUGCUCUACAAGAUACCGUGAAGGUAUUUGCAACCAUUCCGACAUCCUGUUCCGCGUCACUAAGUCUGGGUCUCGCUCGGUGCUAUCUACACGGAGUCACCAUUCUCUGUGAUUGGCUUUUUGAAUCGCGCAUUAAAAGUGCCGCAGACCUUCUGACAAACUAUUUGGAACCGGCUAUUCAGCUGGCCAAACGUUUAUCCAUCAGUGUUGACUGCAGUGCCUGGGCUAGUUUGGCUCGAUUUGCUGAUGCACAGUUCAUCGCGUUGGAUUCCUAUCUGUCCUCAUCAGAGUUUGCUGCGCGUCGUCAACUUUUGAUCGAGGCUCGACGAGAUGUCGCGUGUCUGACAGACUUGGGUGAGAAGAGUCGGCUAUUACGGAUGCUUCAACGUCAAUCGGCCAUUGAAUCGGAGGAGAUGGAAACUAUCCAAUCCGAUGCGGAUCGUUAUCUACAUUUGGCAUUCGAUUCCUACUCACGUUGUCUUUCUGAUUCGGACAUGUAUGACCUCAAGAUCUAUCGAUUUGUAUCCCUGUGGCUAUGUGCCUCAGCCGACCCGGACCAACAGCUGCAACCAAAUUCACGAGCAGUGAGUGUUAAUCGAAUCAUGACAGAACGUUUACCUGGGAUUCGCUCGGAUAAAUUCCUCAAUUUAGUUCCUCAGCUCGCUGUUCGCCUAUCCUCCCUCUAUCCCGCCUCGGAGUCGAGUUUCCAGGCUAUUCUUACAAAUGUAAUCGAACGACUAAUUAAUGAUCACCCACACCAUACAGCUUUUGUAUUACUGUUUCUGGUUAAUGCCAAAUUGGACAAUGUGUACAAUCCUCGCCCGCCUGGACAAACCACAGUCCCAAAUACUUCCCGAACGGCAGCAUCUCGUGCUCGGCUGCCUCGGAGUUCGGGCAAACACGUGAACCGUACGGAUGAUGCUCAAAUGAACUCGGAAGAGAAUGGACGCAUUUUGGCCGCACAUCGCCUGUUCGAACGGUUAUCCCACGGAAAACGAAGCAAAUUGUUACAACAAAUGCAAUUCCUUGCAGAAGCCUAUGUGGAGUGGGCUAAUGCGGAUGCUGAGAAAUACCGCACUCACUCAGGUACGCGUGAUUGUCUGCUCAACCGAUUAUUCGACCUUCAGAUUUGGUUGCAAGUAGUUUAUUUCGUUUGGCUACUUAUAAGUAGUCAGUAUUUAAAUGGAAAAGCGCGAGUCGUGGAUGCCUUUUUAUGCAGGGACAUUCCAACAAUUUUUGACUAUCACCAUACACUUCAAUCGAAUAUGUCAGAAGCACAUUCUGUUUCCAACAUAGAAACCGUGUUCCUUCACUACCUGGAUGAUCAAAUAAAUCCAAUGAUUGAACAGCAAUGA